AUGGGACCUUUGGUGUGCAAUUCCUUACCUGGUUUUCACGCAAUCACCGGCUGUGAUUAUAAUCCCGCAUUUUUCCGAAAGGGUAAAAAAAGACCUUUCGAACGAUUAUUACAGUCCGAGGAAUUGCAAAGAGCUCUGAUCGCCAUUGGGAAUAUCGAUUUCGACGCUUGUGAGAGCGUUUUCAGCGUAUUAGAGGAAUUCGUGUGCCGUUUGUACAACGUCAAAAAAACAAAAAAAGUAAACGAGGGACGAUACGAAAUUUUCUUAAAAACAUACGACGUCUCAAACGCCGCCGCAUCUUUCAAACUGUCUCCCUACAAUUUCGACGCUUCCAAUUUGCCACCAUGUCAAACUGAAUUGACGGAACACUUUCUGAGGACUCUGUACAUUACGAAAAUUUGGAAGAAUGCCCACGAAAAAAAUCCUGUUGGUGAUUUGGACCCGAAUGAUUGUGGCUGGGAAGAAAAAGAUGGAACGCUGACAUUCAAAUGGUUCAAAGGAGAACAACUGCCCCAGUUCUACAGCGACGUCAUCUUCGAAGUUGAAGAUCCUGAACACCAAUCAGAUGAGGAAGGAGACAUGGAUGAAAGCGCCGACAUGAACGAUCGCCAAGGCUUCUCGGAUGCCAGUGAUGACGACGCUUUUUAAAUAUUAUCGCUUUUUGUUAACUUUUCUAUUGUAAAAAGAAGAAAAUAGAGCCGAGGUUAAAAAUCUACGUAUUUUAUACAAAUAAAAACUACAAUUGAAAAAAAUUCACUCUCCAAUUAAAGU